AUGGAACCCUCCGAUUCUCUUGUUCCUCCAGACUUUUCCAAUACCGAGGUGCCUAAAUCAAAACCUCAGCGGCCACGGAGACCCAACUACAAUCACAUUCACAAAGACCUCUUACCGCUACAAGUCCAUCCUUUACCUGUUCUCAUACCUCACAAUCCGCUAUCCCUUCUCGCAAUUGCACUAUCAUACCUCACGCAGAUUAUCUCUCCACCUCCGCAACAACCAAUCUACAAUGGAUACUUUUCGUCAGCAACAUCUUCCAUUCAUGUCACAGACCCUACCACGGCACGGAAGCUAUGGGAGAUGGGCUUCUUCGGCAAAGGGAGUCUGAGUCGCAGUGAACCUACAUGGCUGGACAGUCAAAGUAAAAAAGGCAAUACCAGUGAGGAAGUCACCAAUAAACGGAGAGAAGAAAGGCGUCAGGCCAAGCUAGAAAGAGCCCAGAAGGAACAGGAGGCCAUCGAGCAGAAGCUGAAAGAGGAGGCUCACAUGAACGGCACUGGCCUAAAGGUCAACACGAGAGGGCUAAAUGGAAUUGUCAGUGUGAUGGAAUCGGCUUCGCCCACCUCAGAAGGUUCACUCAACAGCACCGGAUCGAUUCAUAGCUACAACGAGUGGAAAGGACCGGUUGAAGCAAACGGCAUUCUGACACCACCGCCAACCUCCACGUCGUCAGAAGCAAGCUUGAUCAAUAACUCUGUCACCAAGAAGCAGCUCAAAGUCAAAAGUGUCCGCUUUUCACCCACGAUCGAAGCUCGAGAGUUCGAUCUCACAUCACCCAUCAUUUCUCCCAUCAAAAGCCCUGGGCCCUUGCCACUCACCCAGCAAAUGCCUACUUCAGUUCCGCUAACCGAGAAUCAAGAGCACCUCCAGCUCUCUCACGAAGAAACCUUCUUUCUCGCAUAUGGCCUAGGCAUGCUGGAAAUAUAUGCAGACGACAGCGACAUUGUGCUCCCAACAUCGUCUCUCCUUGCUCUUUUUAGACGAUAUUCCUAUUUUCCGCCUCGAUCACUAUCUAUGCAAGCCGAGCCAGACGACCCUUUCAUGCUUUCCUACGCGGUUUAUCAUCAUUAUCGGUCUCUUGGAUGGGUUGUGCGCUCUGGGGUAAAAUUCUCCGUUGAUUACCUACUCUAUCACCGAGGCCCCGUAUUCUCACAUGCUGAAUUUGCGGUCAUGAUGUUACCGUCGUACAGUCACCCAUAUUGGUCUGGCACGGAGGAGCAGAGGAAAAUAGUGCAAACAAAGACGGGCAAGACGUGGUGGUGGCUGCACUGUAUGAACAGGGUGCAGAGUCAGGUUAAGAAAAACCUGGUCCUCUGCUACGUGGACGUUCCGCCCCCACUUGAAGAACAUGAGAAGUAUGUGCAGGAUGAUAUUGGGAAGUUGUUUGCCAGGUACAAUAUUAGGGACGUGAGCGUCAAACGAUGGAUACCCAACCGGAGCCGGGAUUGA